AUGGGGGUUUCCCGUUUUCUCCGCAUUCCGCGGCCAGAGUCCUUUCUCUAUGUGAUGAGCUUGGAGACCGGUGCCUCCCUGAUUACCCUGUCGAUGCUACUGAAUAAAAUCAGUGGUCUAUAUGGUUUGCUGGCGCUUUUGACAGGCUACCACCUAUCUCCUGUACAACUGUCAAUGUACCUUUGGUCCCUCGUUGUCCUUGGGCUCGCCGUCUUCCUAUUCCCUCACAUUCGCAAGCAAUCACCUCUACAAUGCCUCGCCCUCGCCUACCUCUAUGUAUUCGACACUCUGAUUAACUCAGCCUACACUGCCGCAUUCGGUGUCACUUGGUUCUUGGUGGUAUCGCAACAUUACGACAGUGGCAAGGCGGCCGGCCCAGGAGGCGACACGAUCGCUCAAACUGCUGGCUUCACCAGCCCAAAGUACGACGCCGCAUACGUCGAAAUCCAAAACACUAAAGACGGCAACAACUUCGUUGCUCACCCCCCGCGCGCCGAAGAUCUUAGCAAUGUCGUCCUUCAAUCAGAGAGUCUCCAGAGCAUUGUCAUCAUCUGCAUCUUGUGGAUCAUCCGCGUCUACUUCGUUCUCGUGAUGCUUGCUUUCGCGCGCCAGGCUCUCCGCCUAUGGAUCGCCAUUCCCCGCCACACUCAGCUCCCAACCCACAGCCGCAACGUGUCGGUUGCCAGCGUCGCCGACAUCGAUCGGGAGCCGUUCUCCCCCUACAGCCCAGAUGGACAAGGAUGGGAAGGCAAACUGGGCCGAAUCAUGAUUGGUAUUGGCCACAGCUAUUGGUUGGGUGAGGAGGAGGACGGCAACUGGCUUAGCGGCAUCAAUCACAAGUUCCGCAACCGUUCGAACAACACAGAACUACCCGGUGCCUUGGAACGCGAGAGGAGACGUCGCUCUGGAACAGGCCCUCCACAACCCUCGCAGUCUCUUGUUCGGCCCACUGUUCUCCAUCAACCCAUCCCGGAACAUGGCACGAAUGUCAAGAUGCAAGAUUGGAACGCACCUCGAUAA